AAACAUAAUUUUUUGAGGUUCUGACACGAAGUUCCGAUAUCAGUUAAUCAUAGCCCAUCUUAAUAACCUAACCACUUAUAUGGUCACGUCAUCAUGAAAAAUAUUCUUAUAAUAUUCACAAUUUUAAUUUUUUUUUCAUCAUUAACUCUUAGUCAGUUGUUUCACGACUCACCAUAUGCAGAGUAUCAACAACAAGAAAUUCCUUUCAGAGAAAACAGUUUUAUAGGUAAUAGACCUAUAUUGAGUGAGUAUGAUUUUAUUGUCAUUGGAGCAGGUCCAGGGGGCUGUGUUGUCGCAAACCGUUUAUCUGAAGAGAAAAAUUGGACAGUACUAUUAUUAGAAGCAGGACAAGAUGAAUCUAUCUACACAGAUAUACCAGGGGCGGUACUAUUUUUAGAAACAACAGAAUAUAAUUGGGGUUAUAUUGCUGAACCUUCAAAAAAUGGUUGUUUUGGUUUUAAAAAUAAUCGUUGUCCAUGGCCAAAAGGAAAAGGCAUGGGAGGAUCAUCAAUUAUAAAUGCCAUGAUUUAUACAAGAGGAAAAAGAGAAGAUUACGAUACAAUUGCAGCACUAGGAAAUGAUGGUUGGGCUUACGAUGAUGCAGUGGCGCCGAGUACGUACUUUAGGUGGUGCAUUUGA